GCGCCGGGCGGUCGUGUCGCGCGUUGCGUCCGUCUCUCCUAUAAACUUCGGAAUAUUUUUACGAAAAUAUGUGAAGUUUCCAAACAUAAUUCUGUGCAGAACUACCGUGCCGGACGUACAGUUUAGCGUUUAGUUGACUAGCACCGUUGUUAAUAAGUAGUUUUAACUCAUUGAAACUUAAUAGGCUUACUCAUUUUACCUGCAUACUUGGUCCCACGACGCGCGAAGCGGUUACCUUAUCGAAGAAACGAACAUUUUUCAAAUGGAUGUGCGUUUAUAUGCUGUGAUAGUGUGCGUAUGUGUGAUUGGAGUCCAGAGCCGGUGACAAGUUGUAGUGACGUGAUUGAAAUUUAUAAGUUGAUCAAGAAAAUAAGUCAAGAUGAAGUGGUGCGGGGGUGAAAGGGGCUUGAUAGCCUGGUUGAUCGUGGCAGCGGUGAACGCGGCGUCUGCGCAGUAUACAAAAGCUCGAGAUUACACAUAUCCCACACAUCACGUGACGCGAUUGAGACAUUCCAGACAUCUUCCCAUAUACACGUCAGCCUACAUUCCGGCGCCUUCUCCAAAGCUGGCGGUGAAGGACAACCGCAAGCCACUGUUCACAGAGUGCCUCAACUACCGCCCCACUGUGAAGGAGGAGCAGCCUGUUGGCACCUACGUCUUCACGGUGAAAGCUGAAGACAGAGACCCUCCUGACAUGGGCGGUACAGUCACAUACAAAUUUGUUUCCACUCCCGGAGAGAAAGAGAGGUUCAAUGUGGAUCCCGUCAGUGGAAGGAUAACGACAGCAGACAUAUUCGACCACGAUGAGCCUUCAAGAGAAAAAGAGACUUACAUAACUGUACGAGCUAGUGACAAUGGACAGCCACCCUUAGAUGACGCCUGUACCAUCAAAAUUCUUAUAGAAGACAUCAAUGACAACCAGCCUGUUUUCGACAAAGUUUCAUACUCGGAGUCGGUACCACAAGACCUGCCCAGUGGAAGAGAGGUGAUGAGAAUAUCAGCCACAGAUAUCGACGAUGGAAACAACUCCAUAGUCCAUUAUAGUUUAGACUCAAAUUCUCCAGACCAAUCUUACUUCUACAUAGAUCCGGACAAUGGGGUCAUAUUUUUAAAUAAGACUAUUGAUAAAGUACCGGGUUACAAAUUUAAACUAAGCGCCAUAGUGAAAGACAUGGGAGAGGUUCCCCAGCAGAGUGCAAUCACUUUAGACAUCCAAGUGGUCGAAUCUAAUAAGAAAAGUCCGUCUUUCAUCGAAGUUCCAGACGAGCCGAUCAGAUUAAAAGAAAAUUACGCCGAUUUUAAGACGCCCAUCGCCACCGUCAGGGCUGUGUCCAACAUACCGGGCGAAGAAAAACUUCAAUUUGAAUUAGUCAUGGGUCAGACAGAACAAACGAAUAAAAGACACACAUUUGUGUUGGAACCUGAGGCUAACACCGCUUAUAUUAAGCUCGGAAACCAUUUGGAUUAUGAGAAAAUUACUGACUACACACUUACUGUUCGAAUACAGAAUAACUACAAAUUAGCAGCGGAAACAAUAAUACAGAUAGAAGUAGAAGAUGUAAACGACAAUAUACCUAUCUUUAGUGAAAUAAGAUCUGGUAGUGUAUUAGAAAAUGAACCACCAGGAACACCUGUGAUGCAAGUGAGAGCCUUCGAUGCUGACGGUACAUCAGCAAAUAACCAAAUAACUUACCAACUUGGCGACCCAUCCGAUCCAUUUGCCAUUGACAGCGUCACUGGAAAUAUUACAACUCUAAAAAUGUUCGACAGAGAAGAAAAGAGUUUUUACAAUAUCAAAAUUAUAGCUACCGAUAAUUCGGAAUCUGCUCUGAUUCCUGGCAAGCAUAAUUCUGGACAGCAAUCGUUUUUGAUUGAAAUAGCUGAUAAGAACGACAAUCCUCCACAUUUCACUAUGGAUACGUAUGUUGCUGAAUCAAUUGCGGAGAAUGCUAAUAUUAAUGAGCUGGUCACUCAAGUUACUGCUUUAGACAUUGAUACAGCUUCUGUCGUCACAUAUAGCAUCGUAGCUGGCAACACUUACGACGCCUUUGUCAUCCGUAACUUCACUGGCGAAAUCAGAGUCAACAACGUGUUAGAUUAUGAGAAUAUAACGAGUUACAGCCUUGAUGUCCGGGCUUUCGACGGUCUAUACGAAGACUAUGCUAAAGUUAAAAUUAACAUCGAAAAUUUGAACGAUAACCCACCGGUCUUUUUGGACAGUUAUAAUGCAACGAUUGAAGAAGAGAGACUGUAUGAUGGUUGUAUUGUUAAGGUGGAAGCCUAUGACCCAGACAUAAAAGACCGCAACGCGCCGCAACACAUCGUCUAUUCCCUUGUGCGAUUGGAGCAGAAGGAGUUUCUCCAAAUAGAUAAUGAUGGCUGUCUCAUGCUCACAAAGCCAUUGGACCGAGAUCCCCCUUCAGGUUUCGCGACUAGACAGAUCCUGAUCAUGGCAGCCGACCACGGCGGGAAAUUGGGCUCCGACAGCUUACGGUCUCCCACUGAGGUCAUUCUAGAGCUCACUGACAUCAACGAUAAUGCGCCCUUCCUCACCAAUACGCAACCAGUGAUAUGGUACGAGAAUGAGAACCCUGGACAGGUCGUGGUGCUGACGGCCAAAGACUACGACUCGGAGAAGAACGGAGCUCCAUUCGAGUUUUCCCUCAACGAAUCAGCUUCCUUGGACAUCCGAUCCAAGUUCUCCAUACAGGGCAAUAUCCUGUCAGCGCUGGUGACGUUCGACAGAGAAUUGCAGAAGAAAUACGAGAUUCCAGUGGCUAUCACAGACUCUGGUACCCCGCGGAUGACUGGGGUGUCAAUAUUGACCGUCGUCAUCGGAGACAAGAACGACAACCCUAUGGCGCCGGGGCAUAGCAACAUCUUCGUUUAUAAUUACAAGGGCGAGGCACCGGACACCGAAAUUGGCCGUGUUUACGUGGACGACCCUGAUGACUGGGAUCUGCCUGACAAACGCUUCAUGUGGAUACCCUCAUACGAGCUGAGGAGUCCAUACUUCGACGUGCACAGCAAAAACGGCAUGAUCACCAUGAAACAUGGCACUCCUAACGGGACUUAUUUGUUGAGAUUUAACGUGACAGAGGAAAACGAGCCAAAGGUGCCAUUCCACUGGGUAGAAGCAACUGUCAACGUCACAAUCAAGGAGAUACCCGAGGAAGCGGUGGAUAAAUCUGGUUCAAUCCGGUUCGUCAACAUCACUGCUGAAGACUUCAUCAUACCCGAAGCUGAUGGCACGAGUAAGAAAGAAAAGCUGCACCGUCGCCUCUCGCAACUAUACAACACAUCGAUGGACAACGUGGAUGUGUUCACCAUCUUCAGCAAAGUGACGGUGAAGGACAACUUCCUUGAUGUGAGGUUCUCAGCUCACGGGUCACCGUACUACCCGCCGGAGAAGCUUGAUAGCAUGGUCAUUGGCAUUCAAGAAAAGCUCGAAGAAGAACUCCAAGCCAAGAUCUACAUGGUGAAGAUAGACGAAUGCCUCAUCGAGAAGGAGCAGUGCGCGGACUCCUGUCGCAACGUACUUAUGAAGAAUAAUGUUCCUCUCUCAGUCUACACGAACACCACUAGCUUUGUGGGGGUCUCCGCUAGGGUCGAGUCAGAGUGUACUUGCGAUGUGGUCGACACGCUCAUCUGUUUGAAUGGAGGCACCCCAAUCGCGAACCAGUGCGAAUGUCCAGAAGGUCUAACGGGUCCCCACUGCGAACAAACGUCAAUCGGUUUCCAUGGCGACGGGUGGGCCAUGUACCCCUCGCCCCCGGCCUGCCACGAGGGCCACGUGACCAUGACUGUGACGUCACACUCCGCUAACAGCCUCGUCUUCUACAUGGGACCCUUGAAGUAUAACCCGCUUUUGGAUGUGCAAGAUUUCAUGUCCCUGGAACUAGUUGACGGCUACCCAGUUCUCCUGGUGAACUACGGGUCGGGUACCACCAGGCUGAACAACAGUGUCGUCCAUGUUUCUGACGGCAAACCUCAUUUGAUCGAGAUCGUCCUGAUGAGGAGUUCAAUUGAGAUGUUCGUGGAUAGAUGCAAGCUGUCUACGUGCAUGAGUUUGGCGGCGCCUACUGGACCUAAAGAGAUAUUAAAUGUAAACGGGCCCCUGCAAGUGGGCGGCUCGAGCAUCGACCUACAGCACCUCGCGAGGACCUUCGGAUGGCGGCACACUCCGACCAACAUGCCUUUCGUGGGCUGCAUCAGCAAUUUCACCUACAAUGAUUUCGUAUACAAUUUGGGCGAGCCCUCAGUUCACCAUAAUGCUGACCCAAGCUGCCAGCGUAGCAUGUUCACAGCGGUCACCUUCGGCAUUGACACAAACUUCCUGGUUGCUAUACUAGUCUGCAUAGCUAUUUUAGUCAUCCUACUCUUAGCGGUGGUCGUGCACCGUCGCCGCGCAGACGCAUGGGCUGAGAAGGAGCUAGACGAUAUCCGGGAGAACAUCAUAGCUUACGAGGACGAGGGGGGCGGCGAGGGGGACGCGGGGUACGACCUCCACGUGCUCAGGCAGAUGUAUGACGGACCCCCGCCUGAUACGGACCCCUCGUUUAUGUAUGCUCCAGGUUUAAAAGGGGCCGCGCCAGAUAUAUCCGGAUUCUUAGAUGACAAAAAGUCGGUGCUGGACAGAGAUCCGGAUAUAAACCCGUACGACGACGUCCGACACUACGCGUAUGAGGGAGACGGCAACACUAGUGGAUCGCUCUCCUCGCUUGCUAGUUGCACGGACGACGGGGAUCUUAAAUUCAACUAUUUGUCUACAUUCGGGCCGAGGUUCCGUAAAUUGGCGGAUAUGUAUGGAGACUCUGACGACGACAGAGUGCCACAUGAAGAGUCUUGGUGCUAGCAGCACGCGUGGCUCGUGUAGCCGAACCAAACCCAUCCUUAUAUAACUCUAGUGUAAAGGACAACGCCAGUGCCAGUGCUUGGAACAGACCAAGUUUGAGAUGCCUUACAUUACGUUAAGUUCAGAGUGUUAAGUGUAACGUUUGGCAGAGAUGGAUCCCACCGUCCUAAGGAUACGACAGUCAACAUUAACGCCGAUUAAUAAUAAUGAUUGCCUGUGAUAAGUGUAAGCGUUCCAUUUUUUGUAUGUUCAAUGAUUUCGGCCUAUUCGUGAAUGGUAAUUUCUGUUUGUUUCUUCCUGUAUUCAGGAACGUACGUAUCUUGAGAUACUGUUUUAUCACAAGCGUUUGUCCCCUGGCCUAAGACUUGCAAUGAUAGGUAAAUGUUAUCGAUGUGAUUACUUUGCACCCAUGUAUACAAAGUUUAUAAUGUAACUGAAAUAUUUGUAAUUUUCACAGGCGUUUUAGAAGUAAUUUUUUUUUCGUUUUAAUUAAAAAGUAUGUAAACGAUUCGUAUACACGGGCUCAUUAAACGUUAUGAAUGUUCGUGUGACUUUUUAUACUUUAAAUGUUAGGAAUAUGUAUUAAGUUUAACUGAACUACUACUUGACGUGCAUAAGAAUUAAAGUAAUUAUCGGAUAAUUUUAAGAAACUGACUGAGUCAUAAUGUUAAGCCGGUUAAAAAGUCCGUUCUUGUAUUAGAUUUACUCUUAAACUUUCGUAUGCAUAUACGUAUUUUAUUUUUUAAUUGAUGUCGUCAAUUUUUGUGCCUAAUUUUUAUUAAAUAUAGCUGUGCCAUUGUUGUGACUUUUUUAAUUUCAAUUUAUAUAAUUUUUAUUUUAUUUUCGCCAUUGAUCUUUGGACCCUUAGGUAAAAAGGACAUUUUUAUGCAUUAGUAAUUUCUGAUAACGUUCAAACAGGUUUAAAUAAUUAUUAUGUACAACAGGGUCGUAUUUAUAUAUGACAAGAUAAUUGUGAUUGUAAUAAGUUUAAUUUUUUUCGUUUCUGUAAAACUUUUAAAUAAAAAUAUCAAGUUAAAAA